UUGUGGCACUUGGUUUGAAGCCGAGGUCUGCGUUUUAAAACGUUUAGGUUUACUCCGUUUGGAACUAAAUACUAAGAGCGUCUUGCGCUGCGAAAACCACGCUGCUUUGAAACAGAGUAAAGUGUGCGAUUUGAGCAUGAAAUGCCAUGUUCGUUUUUAACGCCAUGUGCACGGCCUUAGUGAUGGGGGCCCUCUCGCUCGUGCAACCCCGAUUGUUACAGUAGCCGAAGACAACCGAUAUAAAAUAAAUAAUAACCGAUGUAUAGGACUGACCCAUUCGUAAGGAUGAACACAGAUUCUGAGAAUCCAGCGACGCUGAGGCUGAAAACGACCGAGGACGUGGAAGCCCAGGAUGACUCAGUUCCUCAGUCCACCAUACUUGACCUACUUCAGGAAGUCACCAAGCUUGCAACACCUACCAAAGAAGACCUCCUGGAAUGGAGACUCACAGAUGGGAUGUGCUCCACAGAACAAAAUGUACCUUGUUCUUCUGGUCCAGCACUGUAUACCUCCCCUCCUUCUCUGCCCGCUGUGGUUCACCCCUAUAAAUAUGAGGGACAAGCCUUAGAUCCGUGCCAUAAUUUUUCUUGUUUUUUCCCUCUCCUGCCAAGUCAACAGGAGAACAACCCAUGGGAAGUAAUGAGGCUCAUCAACCUGCAGUGUGAGCGACUUCUGCAUCCAACUGCUGAGGAUGUAGAGGAAGAUGGGAGUAGGCUGGUAACAACCACUUCUGCCCCCGAGGGGGCGCUUUUUCACAAUGAGGUCUCAGGUCACGCUGGAGGGUCUACUCUGUUAAAAGAGAUCAACGGCUCUGUGCAUCCUCAAAAUACUGAAGCUGCAAUGGGAAAAACUGAGGCUUGGGACUCUCCUUUGAAGAAACACAAACCUUGGGAUGAUGGUCUUCAGUUUUUACUUUGUGACAAGAGCUCAGUCUUGGAUGAGCCUGUUCAGCUAGAAAUUCUGACAUUUAAAGAGAAAGGGAGUUUAGUGAAUGACAAGGAAGCUAAGCAGGAUCUUGGUGGAACACAGCUUCAGAACGAUAAUGUUGAAAUGUGCCAUUUCGAAGACGGUCCUCCCUUAAACACAAAAGAAUUGGAAGGAAAAGUAGCAUCAUGCUUUGUGGGAGCAGAACAUAGUUUAUUAGAGACAUGUGGUACAUCAACAGAAAGUCUGAGCUUUGCAACAUGUAAUCUCCAGGAGGACAGUUGCAAGCAACACAUUAAUUUAACUAAACCCAUGGAGUUAUGUUCCAACGUUGCAGUACACUCCUCUGUCCCUUUGGCCACUGUUACUGAUGGUGACAUAAAAAUGGACUGCAACUCUAAUGUAAUUCUCACAUCUGAGAUUUUUCAAAAUGUGGAAGGAUCACAGACUUUUUUGCAUGAAUUAAGAGGGGAAUUUGAACCCGUGAAUCAAGAGCAACUCCAGGCUGAGGACACAUGCACUCCCAUCUAUGACUUCUGUAACAACAAAGGGAACAAUGUGUGUGUACAGGCACCCAAAGUCAUGACAGCCAAGCUAGCCUCUGACCUGAAAUGGCAAGGCAGAACCCCCCGGAAGCAGCAACAUCCAACCCGAAGUGCUGACCUCUCUGACCCAGACUUUCGAGGCGUUUCUUUUCGAAUGCAUACAGAGCUUAAUGAUAGCAGUGACCAGUGCCGAUUGCUCAUCACAUCCAAGUACAGUGCAGAGUUCUGGAACAGUGGUCCCAGGGCAAGAGGCAGCCGCACACGAGCCAUCAGGAACUCCCUGAAAACCAGCAGUUCAAAGAAGGAAACAGACACUAUUGACCUCUCCAAGAAUAAAAUGUGUGCCUCCUGCAGCACAAAGAUCACACCUCUGUGGAGAUGUUCAGAGGAUGGAAUUUAUCUCUGCAAUGCAUGUGGAAUAAGGUAUAAGAGGUACCGAGUUCAUUGCCAUCAAUGCUGGUACAUCCCCAGAAAGAGGGGCAACUCCAGCUCCAGAUGUUUCAGGUGUGGAGAUGUGUUGAGCUUGGCAUCUUCUAACUGCCAACAAAUCAAGGACCCUGCUAUGUCUCCAGUUAUGUGACCUUGAAGCAGUGCAUCGUUCUCAUAUCCUGUUCCUGCUGUUCCUGUGUUAGUGCACUUUGGGGAACUUUCGGGUGCUAAGAAACGUUUUAGA